GCCAUUGUAGUCGCUCCUACAACUACUGGUACACUCUCAAUAGGCUCUAUUUACUCGAAGUCUUUCUCUCUACAUUGUUUUUCCUUUCCUUAUUUUCUUUUCUUUUCUUUUUCCCACCCAAAAAACAUCGCUUUCUUCCCAACCUUUGCUAGUGUCUUGGUAGGUGUGCGAGUGCCCCUCCCUCAGCUACCCCGCAAAAGUGGCUGGCGGUGCCCCUCCUUCACGGCUUUUAGGAACUGGCCUUCGCGCCCGAUCUCGAGCUUUGGAGACAAGGCGAUCCAACACAGCCGAGAAAAAGAAGAGAUCAAACAAAAAGGCGUCCUGCAGACAGCGCCGGCAACACCAUGGCGUCGGAAAGCAGCGAAACCAAGUCGUACUCGACCGACCCCGCCCUGUACAUCUACACAUCGUUGACGGCGGGCUCCUCUCACAUCGUCACGGCGACGUCGCGCCUCGAAACCAUCCUGCGCGCCAACCGCAUACCGUUCAAGGCCAUUGAUAUUGCCACCGACGAGAAGGCCCGCAUGCUAUGGGGCCGCCGUGCCGGCAAGGAUGCGAGCGGGCGCCAGCGCAAGCUCCCGGGGCUGGUGCAGAUGGGCAUGGUCUUGGGUGACAUCGUAGAAAUUGAAGAGUGGAACGAGUACGGCGAGCUCAAGGACCAUGUCACUUUCUACUACGACGAAUACACUCAACCCUCCAUCCACCAGGCGCCCAAGCAGCCCCCAGCAGGCGCGCCGAAGGCACCAUCCGCGACGACGGCAUCGCCCGCGCCCCCGGCACCGGCACCGGCACCGGCACCAGCAUCAGCAUCAGCGUCCAAGACAACCGCUACAGAGAAGGCCGCCUCCGCCGCCUCGACAGCCGCCGCCAAUGUCACCCUUCCCGUCCGCAGCAUAGCCGAGGAAGCAGCCGCCAAGGCGAAGCAAGUCCACCUGCAGUCCCUCCGCGAUAAGGUCCACGGCAAGGGCAACAACAACGACAACAACAACAACAACAACAGCAGCAGCAACAACAACAAUAGCGCCAGCACUGCUUCCACAUCCCCCUCCUCCACAAGCGCGACCGCCAGCACAAAGGCCAGCGACGCCACCGCCACCACCACCACCUCUUCGGCUUCCCAGGGGACAACCGCCGGCCUUCAGUCGCCCACCUCCUCGGGCUGGAAGGCGCCGGCCGGCGGCCCGGCCCCGACGCAGUCGCCGACGUCGACCAGCUGGAAGCCGCGAGACGUGGAGCCGCCGGUGACGGAGCUGCACGGGGCACCUGUGGAGCGGGCGAGCGCGGCCGAGAUCGCGGCCGUCGAGAAGGCCGAGGCGAUUCGGGAAGAGGGGGAGGAGGAGAAAGGGAAGGAAGAUGACGUGGAAGAGGAUGGUGACGAGGAAGAAGGAAAGAAGAAGGAAGAGGGAAAGACCGGCGGCGGGGAGGCGAAAGGGAAGGGGCAGUAAUUAGAGCCGGGGUGGAAGACGCGUUGUCCCAUCGUCAAAGACGGGGGCGACCUUGUUGUUGUUUGAUAUGGUAUCAACCUCGGCAGCAUUUUGCCCAAGUCCUGUUUCUCUGGGUUAUGGUACGGGUGGUUUUUAACUAGUGCACCCUUGCAAGCAUGCUGGCGU